AUGUCCUCAAGAAAAGCUUACAGUGCUCCAGGCAAAGCCCUUCUAGCCGGAGGCUACUUGGUUUUGGAUCCAGCGUACAAUUCGUAUGUCACGGCUCUUUCAGCCAGGAUGCACGUUGUGAUCGAAGUCCAGGAAAACGAGUCAGACACCGAAAAGGACGCUUCCUUAGUCAAAGUUGUGUCGCCUCAAUUCGAAGGGGGCGAAUGGGAAUUCAGAUUUAACAAGAAGGAAGGAGCACAGCAAAUUGUAGAAUCUAAUGGGAAAAACAAUCCAUUUUUGCAAGCUACAGUAUCUACAGUAAUAGCUUAUAUAAAUCCAACCGAAAAAUUCAAUUUACAUCUCACCAUAUUUUCGGAUCCAGGUUAUCAUUCUCAGGAAAACACGCGUCCUAAAUACUCGAUCAAUGGUAAGAGAAAGUUUUUGUACCAUGCUGGAGCUAUCAACGAAGUUGCGAAAACUGGAUUGGGCUCAUCUGCUGGACUUGUAGUUGUAGUCACAACAGCUUUGUUAAACUACUUCAAGCCAGCCGAAGAUGGAAAUCUUAAUUACAACACAAUCCAUAAUGUUGCGCAAAUUUCCCAUUGUUAUGCCCAGAAGAAAAUCGGUUCUGGCUUCGAUGUUGCGGCUGCAGUCUAUGGCUCUAUCAUAUAUAGAAGAUUCCAACCUCUGUUGAUCGAAAACUUGUUGCAACAUCCUGUUUUCACAGACCCAAGAAAUGCAGACUUACAGCAAGAUUAUGCUCUCAAAUUGCAACAAACCGUCGAUUCUAAUUGGGACUUCAACCACGCUCCUUGUACUUUACCAGCUCAUAUUCGCUUGCUUAUGGGGGACAUACAAGGUGGAUCAGAAACGCCCAAAUUGGUUUCCAAGAUCUUGAAAUGGAAGAAAGACAAACCAGAAGAAAGUGAGCCUUUAUACCGCGAUUUGAAUAAUGCCAAUGAAUCGUUGAUUCACUCUCUUGCAGAAUUGCACCAGUUCUAUACGCUGGACAUGAGCACCUACUUGAAAGGAAUUGCAUAUUUGCUGGAAAACUGUAAAUUCUUUCACUUGACAGAAGCCAUCAAAAACAUCAGAUCAAAUUUGAGAAAAUUGACUGAGCUUUCUGGUGCUGCUGUAGAGCCUAAGGAACAAACAAAGCUCUUGGAUGACUGUAACUCCCUCCAUGGAUCUUUAGGAGGUGUAGUUCCUGGAGCUGGAGGCUACGACGCCAUCUCACUCUUGGUUGUGGACGACUCUGCGUCACAAUUGUGCACUGGCAGCCGUGAACUUGAAGCUUUCAAGCAAGUCACAUGGUUAACUUUGCAGGAAGAACAGCGAGGUACAAUUGCGGAGAAUUAUAAAGAUUACUUAGGGUUAUAG